CCUCCCGUGAGGGCCCUCACGAAACGAAACGCCCAUAAUCAGCGGGUCCGACACCCUCCAAGAACAGUAGUCAGGGAGCAAGUAAUGUUCCACUCGACCUCUGCGGUCUGUCUUACUGGUAAUGCGCAGUCCGAGGGGCUUGGCAAUCUCGAAACGCCGUCGGACUUUCAUGGUUCAAGGGGUUGGAUGGACCAUACCAAGCCCAACAUCAUCAGGGAACUGCCUGGGGCGUUGGGAUUGAUCUGCGCCACCUGUGCGAUUCUUGCCCGAUUUGAUUCUUGACCUGGCUGCUUACUCCCGAAGCUACCGCAGUCGGGAGUGUCGAGGAGUCUCGAGACAACGCGCUGUCUGAGCUGGAGUACACAAGUGUACGCAGUACAUUUGAGGAGAGCCUUACCGGGUUGCCAGUUAAGGAAGUUAAGUGCCUGGAAACACAGUGCUUGAAACAUUAACGAUCGACUCUCAUGGUGAUUUAACUUCCAGGUUCCUUUUCCCGUUGUGUGUACUUGACUACCUAUCUCAAUAAACUCACAGUAAGCCAAAGCGUCGGGACAGACAUUUGAGAGCAGAUUGCACAGGGCGGCUUGAAAUAGGAAACUUGUUGAGGUGGCUUGGAAGUUUGAAGAGC